AUGCAAGAAAAAUCUGCAGAAUGUACCUAUAGAAAGAGUCGUGUGUUUGAGUUUCUUUGUUCGGAAGAUGAAUCGAGCUCCACCAGCGGAAAAAAACUACUACACGACUAGCGGAUGAAGAUAUUGCAGAAUUUCCGUACAACAUAAAAACUUUCUACCAAGAAGGUCUGACUGAGUUCGAGACGC